AUGACGUCUGAGCGGCAUUUUGGGUUAAACGGCGGAAAGAGAUCAGUUGAGGACUCUCCAGAGUUAGAGUCGUCGAAGAAGAUAAAAGUAGACAUCGAUGACGGUUCAAGUAGUAAUAAUGAAGAAAAGGAAAAUAAAGAGCUCUUAGAGGCUGCAAAGGUGGAUGAACUUGAUGAGAUUGUUAAUGAAUAUGUAGAGAAGAAUGAAAGUGUUUCAGAUGGGUUUACUACAGAAUAUAUACCAACAAAGCCACAGCAGCCAGUAAUGCUAACGAAAAACCCUGAAACUGGUAAAUAUGUUUUCCCUACUAUUACCAAAGAGGAUUCAUUGAAUGCGCGGUACUUUUUGAAGUACUAUGGUUCAGCCCAAUUCUUAGACUCCUACCUACCGGAAGAUUUGAACUCUUUAUAUGUGUUUCAUUUGAUAAAACUUUUAGGAUUUCAGUUGAAGGAUCGUGAACUGUUAGCUGCUGUGCAGAAGGUUGUUUUUAAUAAUGUUGGAACUAGUUUACCUCCACCACCUGGUCCAAAUCCCGCUGUGGAGAAGGUAACUCUCCCGCAGUUGUCUAGUGGGAAUGCAAAUCAAGAUGAUACCUAUGACGACCCAUUAGAAAAAAGACACGCGGUAAGGUUGAUCAAGGAUUUACAGAAGGCUAUGAACAAAGUCUUAAGUACCCGUAUUAGGUUAACAAACUUUUUUACCUUAGAUCACUUUAUUGCAAAGUUGAAAUCUGCAAAUAAAAUCCUGGUUUUAACUGGCGCUGGAAUUUCAACUUCGCUAGGCAUCCCUGACUUUCGGUCUUCUAAAGGUUUUUAUUCACAGGUGACAAACCUAGGAUUAGAAGAUCCACAAGAUGUGUUCAAUUUAGAUAUAUUUAUGGAAAACCCUUCAGUGUUUUAUACUAUUGCUGAAAAGAUUCUACCGCCUGAACACCGGUAUUCACCUCUCCAUAGUUUUAUUAGGAUGAUUCAAGACAAGGGCAAGCUACUGCGCAACUACACACAAAACAUAGAUAAUUUAGAAUCAUACGCAGGUAUUGAGAAAGAGCGGAUAGUACAGUGCCAUGGUUCUUUUGCGACAGCAUCUUGUGUGACAUGCCAUUUGAAAAUGCCUGGGGAGAGAAUUUUCCCCCAGAUUAAGGAAUGUGAAAUUCCAUUAUGUGCGUACUGUUACCCUAAGCGUCAAGAACGGUUCCCAACCAUUACAGAUGAUGAAUCGGCGAAAGGGGAUGAUAAUUCACAGCAUUCACCACCUUUGUUCCACAUGAGCAAAUCCUUUGGUGUAAUCAAGCCAGAUAUUACUUUUUUUGGAGAGGCUCUUCCAUCUGAGUUCCAUAGCAAUAUUCGCGAAGAUGUGUUGCAGUGCGAUCUACUAAUUUGCAUAGGCACUAGUUUAAAAGUUGCACCGGUGUCAGAAAUUGUUAAUAUGGUUCCCGCAAAUGUUCCUCAAGUACUAAUCAAUAGAGAUCCAGUUAAACACGCCGAAUUCGACUUAUCACUUCUAGGAUUAUGUGACGAUGUUGCUGCACUAAUAGCUAGCAAGUGUGGGUGGGACAUUCCACAUGAAAGUUGGUCUAGGGAGAAAGCUAAGAAGUUCGCAUGCGACGAAAGGGAGAGAGGUGUUUAUUACGUGUACGACUCUACGAAAGAAAAAUAG